UUAGGGAACUGAUGGUCUUCAAAGCCGUGGCUUUGGAUGGGGUGUCGUAGUUGUUCGGUCCGUGGGGACGCAGAUGAGUGUGUGGUCCGUCUCUACCAUCAGCCUCCAGAGAGACCUCAUCUAGAGAACCCCCAGACAAGUCCUCCAGAACCUCCAGCAGCAUCUAGAGAACCUCCAGAAGAAGUCCUCUAGCUGAAGGUGUCGGACUGCGGCAGAAGGAAUGCAGCGGAUGGACAUGGAUAAAGACGGGAUCCGAAACCUCAUGGUUCCUCAAGGGGGGGUGAAGGAACGGUGCCGGCCCUCCAGGUGUCUGACCGCUGGGCUGCUGCUGCUGUGUGCCUCAUCCCUGGCUGGAAACGUAACUCAGUUUUACUAUGGAGGUGGUGUGGUCCAGAGGCUUCACCAACUACAGGAGAGAUACAGGAACCUGACGAGGAACAGCACGGGUCUGCACGAUAGAUACCAGACUCUGGCUGCCGAGAGAGCCAGUCUUCAACAAAGUUACCACGCUUUGACCCAAGAGAGAGACCAGCUACAGGGACAGGCUAGCACCCUUACCUCAGAGAGAGACCAGCUACAAGUCCAGUUUGGCACCCUUACUAAAGAGAGAGACCAGCAGCAAGGCCGGUUUAGCGCCCUUACUAAAGAGAGAGACCGGCUACAGGGCAGAUUUGGCAACCUUACUAUAGAGAGAGACCAGCUACAGGGCCGGUUUAGCACCCUUACUAAAGAGAGAGACCAGCUGCAGGAACAAACUAGCACCCUUACCAAAGAGAGAGACCAGCUACAGGGCCGGUUUAGCACCCUUACUAAAGAGAGAGACCAGCUGCAGGGCCGGUUUAGCACCCUCACUAAAGAGAGAGACCAGUUACAGGGACAGGCUAGCACCCUUACCAAAGAGAGAGACCAUCUACAGGGCCGGUUUAGCACCCUUACCAAAGAGAGAGACCAGCUUCAGGGCCAGGCUAGCACCCUUACCAAAGAGAGAGACCAGCUACAGGGCCAAUUUGGCACCCUUACUAUACUGAGAGACCAGUUACAGGGACAGGCUAGCACCCUUACCAAAGAGAGAGACCAUCUACAGGGCCGGUUUAGCACCCUUACCAAAGAGAGAGACCAGCUACAGGGCCAGGCUAGCACCCUUACCAAAGAGAGAGACCUUUUACAGGUCCAGGCUAGCACCCUUACCAAAGAGAGAGACCAGCUUCAGGGCCAGGCUAGCACCCUUACCAAAGAGAGAGAACAGCUACAGGGACAGGCUAGCACCCUUGCCAAAGAGAGAGACCAGCUACAGGGCCGGUUUAGCACCCUUACCAAAGAGAGAGACCAGCUACAGGGCCGAAUUGGCACCCUUACUAUAGAGAGAGACCAGUUACAGGGACAGGCUAGCACCCUUACUAAAGAGAGUGACCAGCUACAGGGCCGGUUUAGCACCCUUACCAAAGAGAGAGACCAGCUACAGGGCCGGUUAAGCACCCUUACCAAAGAGAGAGACCAGCUACAGGACUCAAGUUCCAAACUCAAGAAGGAGGUCAAAACCCUGAGUGAUACAGUUGAAUCCCGGAAGUGUCCUCCGGGAUGGAUUAAGUUCCAGUGCAGUUGUUACAGAGUCUAUACUACUAAGAGGACCUGGGAGGACAGCCGCCAGUACUGCAAGAGCCAACAGGCUGACCUGGUGAUCAUCAACAGCAGAGAGGAGCAGACAUUUGUCAACACUUUGCUCCCGAAAGCGACGCCGAGCUGGAUGGGUUUGAGGGACAUCCAACGGGUUUGGACCUGGGUGGACGGAACCAUCCCCACCACAACGUAUUGGGGGACGGACCAGCCCAACAACUUCGGUGGCGGGCAGGACUGUGUCUGGUACUUCCAAGGCGAAACAAUUGGAUGGCCUGGCGGAGCAUGGAACGACAUUGGAUGUCAAUCGUUAAACGGCUGCAUUUGUGAAAAGUAGAGAGUAAAUGUGUUUGAUAUAGGGAUGGAUGUGUCUAUCAUCAAGGGAUGUUAGGAUGUUGCUAGGGGAUUGUCUGGAUGUACCUGCUGAUGUCUGGAUCUGUCUUGUGUUGUAUACCGGGAAUGGGUUAACCUAGCGAUUGUUAGUUGACUAUACUGUCACUCGCCUGCCUCUUCUGAUCACUUGUGUUCUGUGAUUGUACUGUGAUUAUUCAUUGCCUGAGGGAUAUCUGUAGAAUGUGCCAUCUGUGAAAUUUAUAUGCAAUGAUUUGGGUGAUUACACAUUAGGAAUAUUUAUGUAAGAAAACAUGUUGCUUCAUCGUUAACAUAAAGCAUUCAUUAUUCAAGCCUACGA